GAGUAGCAAACAAGAACGAGAGGUCAGUAUUCCACUAGAAUCCAACCCAAAAGGCUAAAACCCUUAUCCUAUCUUAUUUGUACCCAAUACAUGUUUUCUUUUAUAUCACUGUCGCUCUGAAGCUCUCUUUCAUGCUUUCCGUCUCCCUGCAGUCUCUUCUCCUUUGCUCUCUGUGAUUAAAAAUGGCACCCAAAUCUGUACGAGGCAAAGCCAGUAAAGCCAAGGGAGAGAAGAAGAAGAAGAAAGAAGAGAAUGUUGUGCCUAACCUGCUUGACAUCACCGUUGUCACUCCAUAUGACUCAGAAAUUACACUCAAGGGAAUCUCAACUGAUAAGAUUAUUGAUGUAAGAAAGCUAUUAGCUAACAAUGUUGAAACCUGUCAUUUAACCAACUAUUCUCUGUCUCAUGAGGUUCGAGGGCAGAGAUUGAAUGAUUCAAUUGAAAUUGCUUCUCUGAAACCAUGUUUGAUGAAGAUGAUUGAAGAGGACUACGUAGAAGAAAACCAAGCGGUGGCACACGUGCGAAGGCUACUGGAUAUCGUUGCGUGCACCGCCUGGUUCGGCAAACAGAAAGAUGGAAGAACGGAAGGUCGCGCUAAGAAAACCAGAAACCAGAGUAGCUCGAAUUCGAGCUUGUUCUCAAGCCCUCUUUCUUCUUCUUCUAAUGGGGAGAACGGGUCUGCGUCUGCUUCAGAAGCUUCUGUUUCUGCAGUUUCAGAUAAAUUCGACAUGGCUGCAAUUUACCCAACUCCCAAGCUCUCAAAUUUCUAUGAUUUCUUCUCGUUUUCCCAUCUUACUCCGCCCAUUCUAUUUCUGAAGAGAUGCGAUAUUCGUAGUGUGGAAGAGACGCGUGACGGUGACUACUUCGAAUUACAGGUUAAGAUUUGCAACGGGAAGCUGUUAACAGUGGUUGCUUCAGUCAAAGGGUUCUACUCUGCAGGGAAGCAAUUUAUCCAAAGCUACUCCCUGGUGGAUCUGUUGCAACAGCUAAGUCAGGCGUUUGCAAAUGCCUACGAAUCUCUUAUGAAAGCUUUUAUUGAACACAAUAAGUUUGGUAAUCUACCUUAUGGACUGCGUGCAAAUACAUGGCUUGUCCCUCCAAUGGCUGUUGAGUCUCCAUCAACAUUUCCAUGCUUACCGAUGGAAGAUGAAACUUGGGGUGGCAAUGGUGGUGGUCAGGGAAGAAACAAUGAAUAUGAUCAUAGACCAUGGGCCACAGAAUUUUCAAUAUUGGCAAGCCUACCUUGUAAAACUGAGGAUGAGAGACUGAUCCGUGACAGAAAUGCUUUUUUGCUGCAUAGUCUGUUUGUGGAUGUCUCAACCUUUAAAGCUGUCUCAGCAAUCAACCAACUCAUAAAUUCCAGUACAAACUCAGUAGAUUCUGUGAGUAGAACCCCAGGCUCAGUUCUGUAUGAAGAUCAUGUAGGUGACCUAUAUAUUGUAGUAAAGCGGGAUGCAGCAGAUGCAAGCUCAAAGCCUGAUGAGAAAGUCAAUGGCAACAAAGAACCAGGCAUAUCCAGUAAGGAAAUUACACAAAGGAAUCUACUUAAAGGGAUCACUGCAGAUGAGAGUGUAGUUGUUCAUGAUAUUUCUACACUGGGCACUGUUGUUAUCAGACAUUGUGGAUACACUGCAAUUGUAAAAGUUGAAGAUGAGGUGAAGACUAGAAAUUGCAUGGUACAAGAUAUCAUCAUUGACGAACAGCCAGAUGGAGGUGCCAAUGCACUGAACAUUAACAGCUUACGGGCUUUUCUUCACAAAUCAAGUACUGCUGAAUGUCAGUCUCCUGUGUCCAAUUUCGAUGAUCUAGAGGCAGCUAGAUGCUUAGUCCGGAGGGUAAUAAAUGAUAGCUUGAUUAAAUUAGAAGACGAACCUACUGUUAGCAAAGGAUCUCUCAGAUGGGAACUUGGUUUUUGUUGGGUACAACAUCUACAAAAACAGGAAAGCCCAACAACCAAUAGUUUUAAACGUUGUGGGGAGGAGAAGAAUAAGGCUGAACUGGAUGUUAAAGGCCUUGGUAAGCAACUAAAGCCAUUGAGCAAAAGUGGAAAGAAAAUGAAUGGUAUAAGUAGGAGAGCUGACAUGGAGGAAGAGGAUUCCAAAAUUUGUAGCACAGUUGCAUGUGAAAGAGGUGAUUCUGGAGAAACAAAGAGCGAGUGCAAUAGUGAAGCUGAAAUAAAGAAAUUGGUUUCUGAGGCAGCCUUCUUGCGUUUGAAAGGAACCAGAACAGGUCUUCAUCAAAAGUCAUUGGAUGAGCUGAUUGAGAUGGCCCACAAGUACUAUGACGAAGUUGCUUUACCAAAACUGGUAGCAGACUUUGGGUCGUUAGAACUUUCUCCAGUUGAUGGGCACACACUAACAGAUUUUAUGCAUGCUAGGGGACUUCAAAUGUAUUCAUUGGGACGUGUGGUCGAACUUGCAGAGAAGCUCCCUCAUAUACAGUCUCUUUGUAUUCAUGAGAUGGUUACUCGAGCCUUCAAGCACAUUCUUAAAGCUGUGGUUGCUUCCGUUGACCAUGUAGCAGACUUGUCUGCAGCAAUAGCCUCAUCCUUGAAUUUCUUGCUUGGGUCCAGCAUGGAUACCAGGGACCAUGAUCUCAAAAUGAGAUGGCUGGAAACUUUUGUUUCCAGAAGAUUUGGUUGGAACUUAAGGGGUGAGUUUCAAUACUUGAGGAAGUUCUCAAUUCUCCGAGGACUUUGCUAUAAGGUUGGAAUAGAGUUGGUUCCAAGAGAUUAUGAUAUGGACAUACCAACCCCUUUUAAGAUAUCAGAUAUUAUCAGCAUGAUCCCAGUUUGUAAGCAUGUAGGAUGCUCUUCUGCUGAUGGCCGGAACCUACUGGAGUCAUCCAAAACAGCUCUAGAUAAGGGAAAGCUGGAGGAUGCUGUCAACUAUGGAAUAAAGGCAUUGUUAAAAAUGAUAGCUGUCUGUGGCCCCUAUCAUCGCACAACCGCAAGUGCAUACAGUCUUCUAGCAGUAGUUCUUUACCACAGAGGAGAUUUUAACCAGGCAACCAUAUAUCAACAGAAGGCAUUGGAUAUCAAUGAGAGGGAGCUUGGCCUGGACCACCCUGAUACAAUGAAGAGCUAUGGUGAUCUUUCAGUUUUCUACUAUCGGCUCCAACACAUUGAAUUGUCCUUGAAGUAUGUCAACCGUGCACUAUACCUUCUUCAUUUUACCUGUGGACUGGCACACCCAAACACUGCAGCUACAUAUAUAAAUGUGGCUAUGAUGGAGGAGGGUAUUGGAAAUGUUCAUGUUGCUCUUAGAUACCUACAUGAAGCCCUCAAAUGCAACCAAAGAUUGCUAGGAGCAGAACAUAUACAGACUGCUGCAAGCUAUCAUGCCAUUGCCAUAGCUCUUUCACUGAUGGAAGCAUAUUCGCUCAGUGUACAGCAUGAGCAAACCACAUUACAGAUACUUCAAGCCAAACUUGGCCCAGAAGAUCUCCGUACUCAGGAUGCUGCUGCAUGGCUUGAAUAUUUUGAAUCAAAAGCUUUAGAACAGCAAGAAGCUGCCCGCAAUGGGACUCCAAAGCCAGAUGCAACCAUUGCAAGCAAAGGCCACCUUAGUGUGUCAGAUCUCCUUGAUUACAUAAACUUGGAUCAAGAUUUAAAAGCUAGAGAUACACAGAAGAAACAGCGACGUGCAAAGGUAUUGCAGGUCAAUGUUGGACCUCACAAAGAACAAUACGAUACAAGCAUUGAUAACACUCAAUUAGAUGCCAGCUCAAUACAAAUUGCUUUAUCAGAAGACAACAGAAGAGAGGAGAAACCAGGUAGAAUAAAUGCAGAAGUUGGAGGAAAUCAUGAUAGUAGCAGAGAUGAACCAAAAAAUAUGAACAGAUCAACCCCAGAAGAAAUUUCUAAUGAAGGUUGGCAAGAAGCCAGCUCAAAAGGCUGGAAUGGCAGUAUAGGGAGCCAUAAGUUCGAUAGAAGGAAACCAAAUCUUGCAAAGCUAAAUAUAAACAACUCUGGAUCCUCUGACUUUAGAGUUGUCAAUUACAAGAGGAAAACAAUGUCACCAGCAGGGAAAACAACCCUGAAAACGUCUCCAGAUGACAUUUAUGUGGCUGUAAAGCACCCAAUGACUCCAAACUUGAGUGUUGCAGAGGAUCCAAGUAAAUUGCAAGAAAAGAUUCCAGUCUCUAGGAUCUUCUCUGCGCCAACCACUCCUGCUUCUCUCACUGCAAUGGUCUCAAAGUCUCUUUCUUAUAAAGAAGUAGCUGUGGCACCUCCCGGUACAGUUUUAAGGCCAACACUGGAGAAACCUGAAGAAAUAAACAAGGAAACAGUUGACAUUCAGGUUUGUGAUAUUCCACCAGAGGCAUCCAAUGUAGAAGAAGCCAAUAGCAUUCUUGUGGAACAAGCAAAGUCUAAGGAGGAGGAACCCAUAAAGACUGACCAUAAUGAAACUCAAGUACAUAAAACUGCUCCUGAACAUGAAAAGACUAAUCAUGAAAAGGCCCCAGAAAGAAAGCUUUCUGCUGAAGCCCAGCCUUUCAAUCCGCAGUCGUUAUCUUUGAUGACUCAUUCCUUUAACUGGGCAACAAAUUCGUAUCAUGUAACGGAGAUCCAAGGCAUGGCUUCACCUCAACCUAUGGAGAUGAAUCCUCCUGUUGGCACUAGAGUCCCAUGUGGGCCUAGAUCACCAUUUUAUCACAGAACAGGUCACUUCUUCCAUAAGAAACAUGGUUUUUUUAACUAUCAAAACCCUGCUACAGAUAGAAGUAGCUUCAGGUCUUCAAGAAAUAUGAAUCCUCAUGCACCUGAAUUCAUUCCAAGAAAAGCUUGGCAGCCCAUUCCUCAAAAUGGUAAUCCAGAGCUUCCUAUGGAGUCAGAUCAGGAAUCUGGGUCUUUGGUUGGGAAAGAGGAGUUGACAUCAAAGGAACAAAAACAUGAUCAAGUAACCAGUGUUGAAGAUAGAGAUGGUGCAUUAAAAAGCAGCAGCUUGGACUUGCAAAAGGCAGAGCUUGCAAGGCAAAUACUGCUUAGUUUCAUUGUGAAGAGAGUCCAAGAUAACUUGGAUCCCAAAAAUGAGGCUAGUGAAAGAAACUCUGACACUCUCGAGAAGUCUUUAGAUCCUAUUGAAAGGGAUAGUGCAAUAAUCAAGGUUCAUUAUGGGAAUGAAGGUAAAACAGAAUCCAUAUCCCAUUGCACUGAUCAGGAACAAUCAAAGACUGUAGAUAUAGAUAAGGACAAGAAUGUGGAUGGAGAAGGUUUCACACUUGUCACAAAGAGGAGAAGAAACCGACAGCACUUCACAAACGGGGUAACUGGAUUAUACACUCAGCAAUCUAUCUGUGCUUCAGUUCAUUAGAGGGGAGAAGACAUAAAAGAAUGAGUCAAUAAACGAUGGUUCCCUUCAUCAUUGUCCAGCUCACUUGUCUAACUUGCAGAUGCUUCACAGAUGAAGUGGGCUAUGCACUCAACAACCUCUCUUUGCUUCUCUCAUUAGAAGGGAGAAGGGGCAUAGAAAACAUUCCAAAGAUGUUCCUCUGUCCAUUUUUGAAUUUUUCUUGUCUAACUAUCAGAGAUGUCUUGACAUCAUGAUCUAAAAGGGAAGGGAAGAUAUCAUCGGUUUCAGUUCAAUUGAGUUAACAUUUACUA